AUGAGGCCUACUCAGGAUGUCUUGUACCGACAGAGGUCUGAGGACACUGGGAAUGAGGUCUGGCCCCACACAGAACAUGACAGCACCCGGGGCCUGAAGGAGGGCACCAGAAUGGGAAGAGAUCCCGGGGACCUCUACACUGGCAAGGUGCUGGUGACAAGGAGACUGCUGGGAAGAGUCAAGUCCAAAAUCCCGGGUAUCGGGAAAGUGCUUCUGGCUGGCCUGAGGACUUCCCAGAAGUUUGGAAGUGAGCUGGCUGGGGACUCCGGCUCUUACUGGGACAGCUGCCCUCACCCGCGUGUAGGUAGCAGAAACGAUAGGCCCACGCAUUGUAUGGUGUCGGGAACCGAGAGUGACUGGCACAGAGGCAAGCUAGCCACGAAUUCAGGGUUUUUAGAGCAAGGGACGAUCACUCCCUUAAAUAAAUCGGGAACCCCCUCCUGGCCCAGCCAGCACCCGCAGGCGCCCAGGAGCUCCGGACCAGCCGCCUUCCGCCCUACAGUCUGUCAGUCCUCCGCCGCCCAAACCUCAUCCCCUCGUCUCGGACCCGCAUCGGAACACAGUCCCUUCACCAUGCUCACUCUCCUGCUGCUGCUGUGGUCCACUCUGCUCACGCGGCCGGCGCUGGGGGAGCCUCUGCCAGAGUCCAGAGACGUGCCCCCGGCGCGCUGCCUGCUGCCCCCAGAAGAUGGGCCAUGCCGAGCCCGCGUCCCCAGCUUCUAUUAUGACCGUCACUUGCAGAGCUGCCGCCCCUUCAUCUUCGGGGGCUGCGAGGGCAACGACAACAACUUCGAGACGUCAGAGGACUGUGAGCAGGCAUGCGGAUGGAUUCCGAGAGUUCCCAAAAUAUGCAGGCUGGAAGUCAGUGGAGCAGAGUUUGGGGAGCACCAGGAGCAGUAUUUCUUCAAUCUCAGCUCCAUGGCCUGUGAGAAGUUUGUCUUCAGUGGUGGUCGUGGCAAUCGAAACCAAUUCCCAGAUGCCACCACAUGCAGGAACUUUUGUGCUCCCGUGAAAACACCCCACUUCUGCUAUAGCCCACUGGAUGGGGGGUCUUGUUCAGCAAAUGUGACUCGGUACUAUUUUAACUGGAAAAGCAAAAUCUGCAAGCCUUUUACCUACACUGGCUGCGGUGGCAACGAAAACAACUUUGUCUCCUUGAGGGACUGUGCCCACGUCUGCAUGAAAGUUCUGAAGAAAAAGCCAAGGAAGAUGCCCAGGCUCAGCUUUGCCAAGAAGAUGAGGCCAUACAAGAAGUUCCCCUGAUCAUGUCCCUGCCUAGAACCCCUGGGACUGGGACCGCAUCAGCCCCCUUCCUGGACACAGACCUUGGAAGGGUUGGCACUCAUGUGGCAACACAUGGGAAAAUUGGAGAGAUGGGAUUGGCAGAGCUGCUCUCAUUCCUGGGAUUCAGAAGAUGGUGUUGUAUUUUUGUUGUCCUGUUACUGGCAGCUCUUUGCUAAGGAUCUGCUGCUCAUUGGUUCUCUCCUUGACUAAGCCCUUGUAGGGCAUAUUAACCAAGGGGCAUCCUUCUUCUAUUAUUAUAUUCUCUCUUCUGCUCAUUUUGACAGGGACUGAUUGGGGACAUUGAGCCACUGGGUUCUCAGAAGCAGAUAUGGUCUGGUGAGGGUCUUGAAGUAUGAGGAGAGUCAGACUCUAUGUUUUCAAGAAGUGGAUUUCUGAGGGUGGAGAAAAGAAAACCACAGGCUGAAUGAGGCUCCUCAAAUCUCAGCAGCUCUGUGAAUCUGAAAGCAGAGGUCCUUUGUCUGACCAUUGUUAGACCCAGGUAGAGUCCUCUGUCCCAAUUGGUGUGAGAUGGCUGACGCAUGACUGCGGGGAGGGGAACAAGCACCUUUGACCCUGGCAUCUAAGUGCUCUUCCCAGUGACCAGCAGCAGCCUCUCACGUGGCCAACACCAAGCACAAAGUGCCCACCAGGCAAGGCUGAUUACCCUUGUGAGUGAAAAAGCCAGGAAGCCCCUGCUGUAGUCAUGUGAAGCAGCCUUGGAAUAUGCUUCUUCUAAGGAGGACUCAGGAUUAGUGAAAACAUUAAAAGUUGGGCUUUUUAGGGCAGGAAAGAUGAGGGUGCUUACUUUUCUCCAGUUUGAGAAUCCAGUGUCAGAUUUUCUCCUGGGAAACAAGAAACCAGUUCCGAGUACAGGAUGGGGGAGGAGGAGAAAUGGCUAUGAGCCCUUUUUAGGGGCAGCUCUCUGCAAACCUCCCUGGGGCUCAGUGCCUCCACCCUGCCACCUUGACCAGGAGGCUUUUCCUCUUCAUCCCCUUAUUCCAGAGGCCCAGCAGGGCAGGGCUCAUGUCCAUGGGCCCCAUCCAGAGAGAUGGUCACCAAGGUCAGGAAGGCAAUGGUACCUGAGGGAUGGAAGUGCUUUGGAUUCCUUCUAGCCCAUUCCCUCCAGAAGAACGGGUUGCUCAUCUUUCUGUCUUGUUAUCCCAAGACAAAAAAGUCACCAUUUCUGUGCUUGUCAAGUCUUCUCUUCCCAACUUUAGGAGCCCCUCCUUUGAGAGGUGACAUUGUCUACACUUCAGUGCUACUGCCUGUGAUGCCCAUUUUCUUUUUACCAAGAAUCCCUUUUGAAUUUAACAGGUAUCAUCAGUAUCACCAAGUUCUUAAUAAAACAUUGAUGUUAA